AUGGUGGAAACCCCUCUUGAGUCUUUUUGGGUAAACUUCUUCUCCAUCUCUGGUUUUAUUGUGAAUCUCUCUUCCCGGAUGUGCUCGUGUGACGUGCUCUGGGUUGUUGUUGACACCGGCCAUCCGAGCAGGCAGCGUCCCUCGUCACACUCACACACACAGCCUCUGCUUCUGUCCGCCUCCCGUACCCGUACCCGUACCGCUGCUGCAUCUACCCCGGCCGUGCAGCAAGCCCUACUCCUCCGCACGGCUACAUUUCGCAACACACCGCUUUUUCUGGAUCUCCUUCUUCCCAGGGUUCCGCUAUUCGCCUCCCUCUCUCGCUCUCUCUCACACGGCUCAGCUCGGCUCUGCUCUGCUCUGGAACCCGGCGUAGCGUGUCCAAGAUUGGGAGAGACUGGUGCUUGUUUUGUGAAGGCGAUGAGUGUGGAGUAA